AUGGCCGGGUUCUUCGCGACCCCUCCAACGCUAACGGGCACGCUCCUUUCAACCGUCCCCUCAAGCCUCUACGACCAGGGCACAUCCGACUGGUCACCCGGCAAUGGCCCCCCGCCCCCCAUCUUCCUUGAGGGCAUCACCUCCGACACACAAGGCAACCUCUGGCUGGUAGACAUUGGGCCGGGCCGAAUCCUGCGUCUCGACUCCUCGGGGACAUGGCACGUCGCGACGCAGUUCAAAGGCAACCCCAACGGGCUCGCAAUGGCGCAGGACGGCCGUCUCAUGAUCGCGGACUAUGCGGAGGGGAUCCUGGCAUAUGACCCGGCCGCGGGAAAAGUGACGCCGCAUCUCGCGCGCAGAAACCUUGAGAGGUUCAAGGGGCCCAACGACCUCGUUGUGGCGUCCAACGGCGAUUUGUAUUUCACGGACCAGGGACAGACAGAUAUGGCGGACCCCACGGGGCGCGUGUACCGCCUCUCGGAGGGGGGCAAGCUCGACAUGCUCAUCGGCAACGGGCCGAGUCCGAAUGGCCUCGUCCUGAGCCCGGACGAGAGCAUUCUCUACGUCGCGAUGACCCGCGACAACUCGGUCUGGCGCUGCCCGCUGCACAAAGACGGCACGACGACGAAAGUCGCGCGUUUUUUCUCAACAAAUGGCAGCACGGGCCCCGACGGGCUCACGAUCGACAUAGAGGGCAAUGUCUUUAUCUGCAUGCCGCCGCUCGGGGCGAUCUUUGUCGUCUCGCCGCUCGGCGAGCCCGUCGCGCGCAUCAAUGCGCCGAAGACCGACAAGCCGGCCAUGCUCACAAACUGCAUAUUUGGGAGCCGCGCCGAGGACCGCAGGCGGCUGUACUUUUGCGACUCGUUGGCAGGCGCGGUCGGAUAUGUCGACUGGCAUUGCGAGGGCGCCACACCACUGCGCGCGACGAAACAGUAG